AUGAUCUUCGGUGGACUCGAAAUAGUUGCUGGUGGAUACCUCGUCCACCGCCAUUACAGAAAGAAAGACGAGAAGAAGAAGUUCCAGGAAGAAGUUCAGGCCCGACGACACAGCACCUUUCCAGGCGCAAAUCCAUACUGUGCCCCGCAAGCACAACAACUUCCUCAGCCAUACCAGCUGCCGAUCAUCCCACAGCAGAAGUAUGCCUGCUACGGUGUGGCAGCUCCUCGACCUCAACCCCAAACUCAACCACAAUAUCAAGCCCAGCCUCAAGUCCAGCCUCAGUUCCAGCCUCGACCACAGCCUACCCACACACAGUCGUUCACGAUACCCCGCCGUCCUGUGCCUCAGCAGAAACCACCGAUUUUCAUAAUACAACCACCACUUCGACGCACUGACUCUUUCGCGACAAUAUCACGUAUGCCAAUAGCAGACGGCUCGCGACCACACGACGUGUCUGCGGAACACAUUCCAGUGUUGCCAACGCGGCCAUAUGCGGCCGGCCUUUCGCCCGUUUCGCAGUCACCCUACGGUAACGUAGGCUUCUCGGUGUCGACACCUGCGUUGGGAGCUACUCCCACGUCACCGUCGGCGACCUAUGUUAUAGGUGCGGGUCAUGAUUCGGAAGGAAGGUAUACGGUCGAUGAUAAUUGGGAGACUUACGAGCAUGGACAUCGUUAUGCGGAGACAGAUGCCUCUACAGAAUUGGGCGAGCGGGAUCCACCACCACCCUACGCGCCUUGA